AUGGCAGCUCCUUCCACUGCUUGGUCAGUCAUGUUACCAUCACUUCAACAUACAUCACAAUACAAUUCUUUACCUAAUGAAACAGGUGUUGAUUGUAUGAAUGCUUUGAAAAAUUGUGAGCAGAGUUGUCCUGCAUAUUCUCUUACUUCUAUUAGUGAUGGUAACAAACGAAAACAACGUCGAAACCGGACCACAUUCACUUUACAACAAUUGCAUGAAUUAGAAGCAGCAUUUCGUAAAUCGCACUAUCCUGAUGUAUUUGCACGAGAAGAACUUGCUACAAAAAUAAAUCUACCAGAAGCUCGAGUUCAGGUAUGGUUUCAAAAUCGUCGAGCAAAAUGGCGAAAAACAGGACGAGAUGAUACAAAAUCCGUGCAUUGUAAUGGUGCAUCCCAUGAAAUUAUUAUACCAGAUGCUCAAAAUUCUGAAUCUGAACAAUUAAUUCCAUUUUUAACUUUACCAACGCUAUCUUCAUCUUCAUCGUUAUCGCCAUCUUUAUUGCCAUCAUCAUUAUCCUGUUCAUCAGCAGCAGUGAGCCAAUUUUGCUCUAUCAGUACGUUGACUGGAAAAUAA